AUGGACCUUCCUGCACUUAUUAACAACUUCAAAAACCAAGGUCUCAACGAGAGAGACCUUGUUGCUGUCUCUGGUGGCCACAGUAUUGGGUUUGCACAAUGUUUUGUCUUCGGGAACCGAAUCUACAGUGAAACUAAUAUUGACCCUAAAUUUGCUCAACAGCGAAGAUCAACUUGUCCACGCACUGGUGGCAACUCGACCCUAUCUCCUCUUGACCCAACGCCUGCACGAUUUGACACUGCAUACUUUACCAAUUUGAUCAAGAAAAAGGGUCUUCUUCAUUCGCAUCAUCAACUUUUUAAUGGUGGCUCCACUGAUGGUAUAGUAAAAACUUACAGCUCAAAUGCCAAAGCUUUCUCUGCCAAUUUUGCUAGGUCUAUGGUUAAGAUGGGAAACAUAAAACCACAGACAGGAAACAAAGGACAAAUUCGUUUGAACUGCAGGAAGGUGAACUAA